AUGGGAUUGGCGCGUACCAUGCUAACGGCGCUGGUGCUCAGCGUCUGGGUGAUGAUUCACGCCGUCUUCAUCGCCAACGCCCCUGCCGAGCAAGGCGCUGAGGAGCGCAUGCUCCCGCUUCGUAUCCCCUCGGUCUUUCGGAUGGCCUGGUUCCGCACGCUGGUCGAGACCCACAUGGACACAGAGAGGCUGAAGAUCGCCGAGCCGCCGCAGCCGCAUGCUUCCUUUUGGUCUUCUCUGACGAAGAAAGGAGGGAAGCUCAGUUCUCCUCGCGGAGUCUACGGCGGCUCGACCUACGGCUCUCGAGACGAAGAAGAGAAGCCGUGGCUACGCCUCCUCUCGUGGCUCAUCACGGCGAUGACCAUGGCGGAGUUCGCGACCUUCCUAUACUUUCUUUGGGCGACAAUUUGGAGAACGGUUCUAAGACCCGUGAUCUUUGUCUUCUUCCUUCUCGCCCUUUUGCUCCUUCUCUUCUACUGUGUGAAAGGCUACUACUUUGUCGUCGCACCCGCGUUCUUCGACGGUCCAGAUCCGGCGGUGUUGCCUUACCUUGCCGCGGUCGACGCGUUCCUUCACAAGACGGCGCUUUCUCUCUGGGCGUGGCACGAGACCGGCUUUCAGCUGGUCGACCGCCUCCUCGCAGUGCUGGUCUCCCCCACGUCGGUGCUGGAGGAGCAGAGCAUGCAGGCAAAACUCGACAAAGGCGCUGGCCUCGACGCGGGUCUUGCAGGGUUUAUCCAAACUGCGAAACGCACCCUCUACGCACUCCUCGCAGGGGGCGAGCGGCUCUCGACGCACGGCCCGCACACAGGACAAACAGAGCUGUAA